AUGUACACACAGUCUCAUCAGGAUCCAGUAAGCGUAGAGAGUCAGUACGAUGUGGUGUGGAUACCAGUUGUGGACAAGUCAACCGAAUGGAAUGAAGCAAGGCAACAGCUAUUCAAGAAUCACCAGUUGAACAUGCCAUGGUACUCUGUGUAUCACCCUUUUUUGAUCAACCCAGCAGUCUUCAUUUACAUCCAAGAAGUGCGGCACUUGAACAAGAAGCCUAUUCUUGUUGUACUUGACCCUCAAGGGAAAUUGGUCAGCAACAAUGCCUUCCACAUGCUCUGGAUUUGGGGAAUGCAAGGCUUCCCUUUCACUAGAGCAAGGGAGGCAGAACUUUGGAAACAACAGACUUGGGGAAUUAAAUUGUUAGCCGACUCUAUAAAUGAAGACAUUUCUAAUUGGAUAAAAGAAGAAAACUACAUAUGCUUGUAUGGUGGGGAAAACAUAGACUGGAUCAGGGAAUUCAUAGCCACUGCACGUAAAGUCGCGGAAGCUACAUCCAUUCCAUUGCAAAUCCUUUACGUGGGGAAGAGUAAUUCUAAUGAAGAGCAAGUUCGCAAAAUCGUUGACACCAUUACUGUGGAGAAGCUCAGCCACUCGUUGCAAGAGUACCAUCAGGUUUGGUUCUUCUGGCAGCGGUUAGAAAGCAUGUGGCAUUCUAAGACGCAACUCGGCUGUACUGUGGAAAAUGAUCCUCUACUACUGGAGAUUAAUACUCUUCUUAGCUUUGAUAAAAAUCAUGAAGGAUGGGCUGUGUUUUGCAGGGGAACAACCAUGGCUGUGGCCAAGAGUGAAACCAUUUUACAGAGCUUAAAAGAUUUUGAUUCAUGGAAAACACAUGUGGAGGACAAGGAUUUUGUGACUGCACUCAAUCAUCAUCUUAACCAGCUCUAG